AUUGGAUGAUAGGUGCGGGGCCGAUUUCGCGGAUGUUUGCGACUUUCGCUCUGGUGAUGCAGCAGCACUCAAGUGAGUUAUGCUAAGAUCGACGACGGCCGAACAUCUCCCCGUGGGCAUGUUGGGUUACGCUUGCUCGAUUGUACAUAUAGUCUCGUCUCUUUUCAUCUCGAUGGCGUAGAUUGAAAUGUGGUCUUUAUUAGCGAGUGCAGCUACUACUCAAGAUCCUUGAAUGAGAUAUCAAGUUAGAUUCUUCCAGUUUCCAAGCUUACAUUUCAAGAUUCAACAUCACUUCUCGCUACUGCAAAAUUCCAUUUCACAUCUCUUCAUCUCUCAUCUUACCACCAUCCUCCAACCUCCCUUUAGGAUGUCCGCCUCCACAACCACCUCUACCUCUCAUCAAACCUCAACCCAAAACCCUCAAAUCCUCAUCCUCGGCGCCGGCAUCACCGCUCUCAGCACAACCCUCGCUCUACUCACCAGCCCUUCAACCUCACAUUUCACUAUAACACUCAUAGCAGCACAUCUCCCUGGCGAUUUAUCACCAGAAUACACAUCACCCUGGGCAGGUGGCGACUGGCACUCUCAUGUUUCGACAUCGGAUGAAGAUGCCGAUGUGAGGAAGUGGGAUGGUAGGACGUAUCAGGCGUGGAUGGAGAUGCUAUCUAACUACUCGAGCGGUGACGCUUCAACUUCAGCUUCAGCUUCUCUGCAGCGGAAAGUAGGAGGGGAUCAAACCCAUAAUUCUGAGAUUAGCACAGGAAAGGGAGAUCGCGAACAGACUGAACAGAAACUCGGACUCCACCCCACCACCCUCCGCUACUUCUGGGGCUCCCACAACUCACGAACCCACCCCUCCGGCUCAGGAAUCUGGUUCUCAUCCAUGGUGCAGGAUUUCCAUAUCUUGGAUGCAGAUCUCGAGCGCAGAGAAGGGAGACCUGUUCCUAGAGAGGCGGUGUUUGGGACGAGGUUUAGGACGGUGACGUUCGAUCCGGUGGUGCAUUUGGAGUACUUGCUGAGGAGGGUUAGGGCCUUGGGUGCGAGGGUGGUUAGGGGGGUGGUUGAUACGGGGAGGGGAUUGGAGGGUGUCGUUGAGAGCAUGCGAAGAUUGGUUAAGAGAGAGGACGGUGAGGGAGAUAUUGGAGAGGAUAAUGUCUUUGCAGUGGUUAAUUGCGCAGGGCUCUCAGCGAGGCAUUUUCUCCCCUCUCAAGAAGCGGAGAAACUGUUUCCCAUUCGGGGCCAAACAGUCGUAGUAAAAGGACAAGCCAAAGAAGCAUAUACAUACGUCUCUAUCCCAUCAGCGCCGGAGGAUGAGUUGCUUUACGUUAUUCCUCGACCUGGGGACAUGACAGUCCUGGGUGGGUGUAAACAAGUUGGGAGUUGGGACAAGGAGGUUGAUCUGGAGAUGGGAGAGAGGAUUAUGGAGAGAGUUAAAAGAGGUGGAUUAGCGGAGGAGUUGAGGAUUGGAGAGGAUGGAGGGUUUGAGGUGGUGAGGCAGCAGGUGGGCUUUAGGCCGGGUAGGAAGGGGGGACCGAGAGUGGAGGUUGAGAGGGAGAAGGUUGGUGGUGUUUGGGUGGUGCAUAGUUAUGGGCAUGGGAGUGGAGGGUUUCAGGCGAGUGUUGGGUGUGCGGAGAGGAUUGUUGAGUUGGUUGAGGGGUUGAUGUGAUGGAAUUUGAGUGACAAUAAGUGAGGUUGUGUGUUGUUUUGUGUACAACUUUCAAUUUUAUUACAAGCAACGGAAUUGACAAGGACAUUGGACGAAGUACUUGCCAAUUGUCAGGGCAGCAAAGGUUGUCAUGAAUGACCUUGAUAUGAUAGCUGUGUCCUGGUAGGGAGUGUCAAUUUCUUCUUGAUGUUUACUGUUUUUCUACGCGAAAAUACUUCAGCACCUGGUAAAAAGAAUUACCAUCUGCCCAAAAACAACGAGAGCUCUGCUGAUAUUGGCAUCCCAACCACCAAAAUAUAUAUUGCUGAUCAUAAUGGCAAAAAUUAAAAAAUUUAAAAAAACAUACAACAGCAGGUAUUCGCUGGUGGUCACCCACCCAACUACUAAUCUGCCGAUCUGAGGCUUAUGUAUGGCAGAGCGGACGGGAUGCCCAGUUUUCCUCAGUC